AUGCCGUCUUCAACAGAGGAUACGUCACGACAGACUAGAGAGGUCGAAAGGACCCCUGGUACAAUCCAUCUAAUUGAUGCCGACGGCCAUAUUUCUGGGAAGCAUGUUGAAGGCUCAGGAGCGACUCGAGGUGUUGUUCUGGUGCCAGCGCCAUCGAAGCAUCCUGAUGAUCCCCUCAACUGGUCGCCCCGUCGCAAAAAGCUAGCUGCUUUCUGCAUGGCCUUCUACGUUCUUGUUAUUGGAAUUUGCUCGUCAGCUCUUUACUCUACCCUAGGACCACUUUCCCAGGCAACUGGACUCAGCUAUAAUGAUCUGAACUACGGGACAGGCUAUAUGUUCCUUUUUCUUGGAUGGGGAUGCGUGUUCUGGUCCGCCGUUGCCACGCAGUACGGAAAGCGUCCUAUCUAUCUCAUCACACUGGCGGGUACCUUGGGAACAAUGGUAUGGCAACCUCACAUCUCAACAAAUGGCGAAUGGAUAGCAGCGAAGAUGCUUCAGGGUCUUUUCGGCGCUCCCAUGGAAUCAAUCGCCGAAGUGACGGUGUCAGAUAUCUUCUUUACUCAUGAGCGCGGCACUUACAUGGCAGUGUAUGCUCUGGCUCUUGGUUACAGCAACGGCAUCGCGCCUCUGAUCAUGGGUUUCAUCAACCAGGGCAUGGGCUACCAGUGGGUCUUUUACUGGUGCGCCAUAUUCUGCGCCAUAGCCUUGGUUCUGCUGUUCUUCUGCAUGGAAGAAACCAAAUUUGACCGCGCCGGGCAUGUUAUUACCGCCCAGAACCUGCGCCGUCCUGAAGACGGAGGCAACGAAGCCAAAGCACAAGAAGACGAAGAAAAGAAAGCCGACGCCAACUUGGAUCUGACCACCAGUCAUGUGGCUCAAGCGACCCUCGAUUCAACAAUCCAUAAGAAGAGCUAUUUCGACAAGCUGAAGCCCAUAGGCAGUGCCGGUUUCAAGCAGAGGAACUAUGUCGGUCGCCUGCUGGUAGUUCCUUUUGAACUGCUUUCUUUUUCGAUCAUCGUCUACGCCGGGUUUCUCUAUGGCUCCAACAUCAUAUGGUUGAGUGUUUUGAACGCCACGGAGUCGAUGAUUCUCUCCCAGAACCCUUACAACAUGGGUUCAAACGACGUCGGUUUAACGUUUAUUGCUCCUUUGAUAGGCACAACUCUAGCUGCUUGUUUCACCGGUCUGUUUGGUGAUCGUUUCAUGCUCUGGAAAGCGCGUCGCAAUGGGGGCACCUUCGAGGCUGAACACCGCUUGUGGCUUUUUGUGCCGUCGCUAGCGCUGAUUCCCUUCGGCUGCAUUCUCUAUGGCCUUGGAGCUUAUCAUCACGCCCACUGGUUCGCGAUCGUCUUUGCCAUGGGCGUCAUUUCUUUCACAACAACGGCCGGAUCCCAGAUGUCCAUUGCUUACAUAGUGGAUUGUUAUCGCGACAUGAGCAACGAGACACUCGCGGCCGUCAUCUUCAUUCGAAACACCAUGUCUUUUGGUAUUGGCUAUGCUGUCACGCCCUGGGUCACCAAACUUGGAUACCAGAACGCGUUUAUCUUGGGUGCUUUCCUCGGUCUUUCGCAUAACUUGACAAUCUUUCCUGUCAUUAGGUGGGGUCGCAGUCUUCGUCAAAAGUCCGCCAACCGAUACUGGAGGAAGGUUGAGAAGCAUGAGAUGGCAGGAUUAACACAUUGA